CAAUUGGAGACGUUUGUGGCUGUAGCCAGCUGCAGCUUCCCCCGCUGAGUCAAAGCCUGACUCUUCGGAGUUUUCCUAACUUUUUCCCAUCCAGCAAGUGUUUUUUUUUUUUUUUACUCCUUCGUUUUUUCACUUACUGUCAUUUUUGUUGCCUACGCGUAGCAGCUGCUUGUUACUGACACGGUAAACUCCGAUCCUCUUGACUGCCGGGUGAUCGUUUGUGCUGUUCAGCCGAGAAGCACCUCCUCCGCGCUACUCCUGCAGAGCUGGAACGAUAUCCUCGAUGAACAUGACACAUUUUACGGGAUUUGUGAGUUGAUACGGUGGUUCUGUUAAGGCUCUAAAUGCUUCAGUUUGAGAGGUUCUGGUGAGUCAACAUCUUGACGAAGGCUUUCCCGAGAAAUUCACUCCUGUCAGCGCAAUGGCUUCUAAUAUAAUCGUGGAGCAGCAGUUUUCUCACAAAUUCACGGUGACGGUGGUUCGAGCUGAGAGCGUCACCAAAGGAGCGCUGGGUGACCUGUUGGACACUCCAGACCCAUACGUGGAGCUGUUCAUCCCGACCGCCCCAGAGAGCAGAAAGAGGACCAAGCAUAUAGACAACGACAUCAACCCGAAAUGGAACGAGACCUUUGAUUUUAUAUUGGACCCCAACCAGCAGAACGUCCUGGAGCUAACAUUAAUGGAUGCCAAUUAUGUGAUGGAUGAGACGCUUGGCACGGCAUCGUUUGACAUCACCAAGCUCCAAGUGGGCCAGAAAAAGAUGGAGGCUUUCCCUAUUGGCAAAGCCACCAAAGUGCACUUAGAGAUGUCGCUGGAGAUCUGCACAAAGCUGGACCUGCGGUUCAGCCUGGCCCUGUGCGACAAAGAGAAGCAGUUCAGACAAACCCGCAGAGAACGAGUGAUGCUCGGCAUCAAGAAGCUCCUGGACAUGGAGAAGCCUCGUUUCCUCCCCAGCUCUCCAGAGGAGGUGCCAGUGAUCGCCAUAGCAGGUUCAGGAGGCGGUUUUCGUGCCAUGGUCGGCUUCUCGGGGGUGAUGAAGGCCCUGUUUGAGUCUGGGGUCCUGGACUGUGCCACAUAUAUUGCCGGCCUCUCUGGAUCCACCUGGUACAUGUCCACUCUCUAUUCCCACCCUGGCUUUCCAAAUAAGGGUCCAAAAGACAUCAAUGAUGAGCUGAUGAAGAGAGUGAGCAGUAACCCGCUCAGGCUGUUGCUCCCCCAGCACAUCACCAACUACAUCCAGGCCCUGUGGACCAAGAAAGCCUCAGGCCAGCCUGUUACCUUUACCGAUAUCUUCGGUAUGCUCAUAGGAGAGACGCUUAUACCUGCGAGAAUGGACACCAAGCUCAGUGACAUCCAGGAAAAAAUCGACCAGGCCCAAAGUCCUCUUCCGCUCUUCACAUGUCUGCAUGUAAAGCCAGAUGUUUCUGAGCUCAUGUUUGCAGACUGGGUGGAGUUCAGCCCGUAUGAAAUCGGGAUGGCAAAGUAUGGAACCUUCAUGACCCCCGACAUGUUUGGAAGUAAAUUCUUUAUGGGAACUGUUGUGAAGAAAUACGAGGAGAACCCACUUCACUUUCUGAUGGGUGUGUGGGGAAGCGCCUUCUCGAUCCUGUUCAACAGAGUGCUGGGAGUCAAGGACACGGCUGGUGGCAGCACCAUGGAGGAGGAGCUCGAGCAGAUCAAACCCCAGCACAUUGUCGGGGAAGACAGCAUGGACAAUGAUGACGAGCCACGCAAAGGUGGGACAGAAAACCAGGAGGCAGAGGAUGAGUUCCAUCGCACCGCUCAGGCCAGCUGGGUUCAGCGGAUGUUCACGUCCCUCUUCAGUGACUCUGCCUUGUUCAACACAAGAGAGGGCCGAGCUGGGAAGGUGCAUAACUUCAUGUUGGGCCUGAACCUGAACACCAGCAUCCCAUUCUCACCCAUCAAUGAGAUGACGUGCCACGCCCCUACGCCUGAGGAGGAGGUGGACGCUGUCACAGAUCCAGAUGAGUUUGAUCGCAUUUAUGAACCUCUGGACGUGAAGAGUAAGAAGAUCCAUGUGGUGGACAGCGGCCUGACCUACAACCUUCCCUACCCGCUCAUCCUGCGGCCGCAGCGUGGCGUCGACCUCAUCAUCUCCUUUGACUUCUCUGCGCGACCGAGCGACUCCAGCCCUCCGUUCAAGGAGCUUCUGCUAGCAGAGAAGUGGGCCAGAAUGAACAAGCUCCCAUUCCCCAAGAUCGACCCAAAAGUCUUUGACCGCGAGGGUCUGAAGGAAUGUUACGUCUUCAAACCAAAAAAAGGAGAAAAGAACUGCCCGACUGUCAUCCACUUCGUCCUGGUCAACAUCAACUUCAGGAAAUUCAAAGCGCCUGGUGUUCCCAGAGAGACUGAAAAGGAGAAGGAGUUGGCAGAUUUUGACAUCUUUGAUGACCCCGAGAGCCCAUUCUCCACCUUCAACUUCCAGUACUCCAACGAGGCGUUCACCCGACUUCAUGACCUGAUGGAGUUCAACACUCUCAACAACCUGGAGGUUAUUAAAGAAGCCAUCAAGGACUGCGUCGUGGCCCGAAAGGAGAACCCCUCAUGCCUCUCCCGCCCCUUCUCCCUCAGCGAGAUCCCGAAAAAAAAGUUUUUCAAAAGAGAUCAUCACGCUAAACCCUGGAAUCACCUCGGAAAUGAUAAACAGUAGCUUAAAACUAAGACUUUGAAAAGGAGGACUUUAGGGAUUUAUGUUGACUCGGCUGCAAAGUGAAGCAUUUUCUUUUUGGAAAAUGCCCUCGUGCUGAUCUCCUCUCUGUAUACUUUUAAUCAUGAUGGUUUUGUUAAACUCUAGAUCUCAAAUAAGUGUCUGAUAAAGGGCUUUUGUAAAGAACCUUAACGUUUACUGGUAAAAGCCUGUGAUGGGAACGUUCAUCUGGCUUUAAUUGCACGAAUCUGGUUUGAUUGACCACAAACAGCUGAUAGUCGCUUUCCCUGGAAGCUGUGAGACAAACUGGAACACUUGGUAAACACUGCAGUGCCACUGGAUCGUUACCACAUCGACCAUAGUCAACACAAGACUGUCUGUGAGUCCUUUCUUUGGUUUGGGUUUCCUGCUCAUGUAUUACAGAAAUGUCCACCUGGAAUGUGCUUUUUCACUUCAUGUGAAUCUCCUACUCUUGUUGCAACACUUGAUCCGUGUGGACGCCUCUCAGCCUUCACGCCGCCGAGAGCGAAGCUGCAUUUGCAUCUGUCCAAUGACUUGCAGUUUGAAUGCUUCUAAAUUUAGUCGGUGCUGUGUGAGCACACAAUGAGAAGCCUCACCUGCACUGUACCUGUCUGUGAGUCUGUGUGCGACUCCAGAGCAUGCUAAUCACCAUGUUUUUGUUUUUCUCGCCGGAUGGCCGGUCUAAACAUGUAAUCCUGCUUGAAAACAUGGAUGGGGAGCUCGUAACCAUUGGUUUUGUUUGAUGGCAACUCCUAAACACGCCAAGUGCACCCCGUCUGGAUACCUCAAACAUCUCAAUGAUGUUUACCCACCUACAGGGAAGGAGCACUCCCUGUUGCCCCCGUAGGGAGUGCCUCAUAUUAAAGCCACCAUUUUGGAAAAACAAAACUUGAUACCAUAGAAACGGCCCUGCUCCUUCUCUCUAGCGCUCUGCGUCUCUCUCCAUGAGGAUAAAGGUGUGUUUAUUUUCCUGACCAUGUUGUUUCAGGGUGCCUCUUAGAUAGAAGUAAAGUUUGUUUUUCCAUGGCCAUUUCCUCCUCUGACUAAACCAACUCGCCGUCGGACCUUUUGAACAAAGAUUGGAGCUUAGGUCAGAGUGAGGAAAGGCUGAACGCGAUCACGAGACCCGCUCGCAGCUGAAGCGACGGCUGUCAGCGGCGCUCAGUGGAAUUUUACACACUACACCUACACCUGCAGCAGUGGAGGCCUGGAAUCUGACACACUACACCUAUACCUGCAGGGGCCCGACGGCUGCACACGGAGAAGUGGAAUUUUACACUGAAGCAUUCCCGACCCCUGUAUGUUAAUGUAGGUCUGGGAGAAACUGAGAAAACAAGAUAGAGUGUUCUGAAGCCUUGCUGCAGAGACUCACACCCAAGAAACCUUUGCAGUUUGCCUUAUAGCUGAUUUUUCUAGCAGAUUUUUUUUUUUUGUGCAUUUUUUCUUUUUCUUUCUUUCUUCCUUUUCUUUUCAUUUUUAUGUUUCUAUUCGUAAUUGCAUUCUUGCAUGUGUUCUUUAGAGAAAUAGUUUUGGAUGUUUUGGGUAACACAUUAAUUCACUUCCUGUCAUGGACUCAGAUGAGAAGGUCAACGCCGUACUUACGUCUGUAGGUUACAUACAAGCGAGCAGACUGGGAAUGAGGAAACAGCUGGUUUGGUUGUUUCUGGAUGUAGAAAAACUAUGAUUGUGAACAAAUUAAAAUUAUUACUACUGAAGAGAAGUAGGCUUACUGCAAGUUGCAAACACAACAUUUAUAUCUUAAAGCCUUUGGAGCUGAACUGGUUGGCGAGCAUUUGCUUAUUUACAGACCGUCAUGGAGUCAAGUGUUGGUCACAAGGAAGAUUUCAGGGUCCUUCUGCUGCUAAAUGCUCUGCUGUGUUUGCCAGGUUGUUGCCUUCGUCUUCUCUUUGGUGCUGAGAGUUAAUCUCACAGCUGCUUGCUGUGGACAAAACCGACUGCAUCAGAACCAAGAGUCAAACAAAUCAGCUUCAAAUUCACUCUCAAGCCCUGUAAAGCUGAGGUUCAUCACAACAAGCGGUAACUUUUGUUUUCACUUGAUAGUAGGUUAAAUAUAAAGACUAACAUCUGUUUGCUGUAGCCGUGUGUUUAACAGACGGAUGUGAGUGUGCUAUAGAUCGGUCCGUAUACACUAUUCUGAAGAAAGUGAUUAAGUUCCUGCAAUAGUUCAUAAAGUUUGGAUCAAAACAGGCGUUGAUCAUUUUAUCCUGUCAACUUCUGUGAGGGAUCAUGAUGCAUUCUUAUUUUUAUUUUUAGCAUUAAUUCAUUUAGAGAAAAAAUAUGAACUGUAGCAAUUUUCUGUAUUUUUUUUUAAUCUCUUACAUUUUCUGAUCUUUGACGAUGUUUACACGUCACGAGAUGAACGAGGGAAUUCAGAUACGUACAUAAACACUGCUGUGAUCAUUAUCUGUAUUAUAACUGGCGACGCAUGAUGUUUAUGUACAUUGUUAAAGGACAUUAAUAAAAGAGAGAUCUUA